AUGCUGACAAAUGAGUUAAAGAGUGUGACCUCCUCCACGUCAACUUUGAGAAGACAACAACGAUACCGCACACGAGCCCCCUCCUCUCAGGUGGAUGAAAGUCUGUUUGGAAAGAACAUUCAGGUAAGUGUGUGUCCUAUACCUACGGCAUCUCCUAAACUAUCAGUGGAGCAUGUAAAAGAUGUGCCAGUGCAGAAGCAGACAGGAAAGACUAUUCAAAUUGUCACCAAAGACCUAAUUCGAAACCUCAGGGUUCCACGCAGUGAUCCCUCUGGACAGUCCAUCAUUCUGCAGCCAGCAGACUUUAAACAGAUCACAUCAAGAGCCAAGGUUAUCUCUAAGGAGGAGAAGGAAGUCUUGAAAAAGAUGCAUCAGAAUAGGAAAGAAAAUGAAAUGCAGGCAGCUGAGGAAAAGAAGCGGCAGAUGUUAGAGGCUGACAAGUGUCGUCAGGAGAAGCAGCUUCCGAGUGAGGUGGAGCUGGAGGCUCACGAGCGAGCGCAGCAUCUGCUGGAGCGAGCCAAUGCCCAGAGAAUGGAACAGGAAGAAGAGAUCAGAGAACUAAACAAGGCGAUCUUAGGUGCUCAGUGCCAAGCCACACGUGACGCACAAAUCCAGGAGAAGAUCCAGAUCCAGACGGAAAUGCUGGAGGAAGAGAAGCGUCUGGAUGCCAUGAUGGAAACAGAGCGCCGCAGACUACUGGACAAGGUGGAGCAGAUUGAUGAGCUGCGCAAGCAACAACGAAUUGAUGGGAAACAACAAAUCUUUGAACAGAUCCAGCAGCGUUUGGAGGAGAAGCUAGUACAAGAAGAGCUGAAAGAGCAGGAGAAACAUCAGGCCAGAGAGAAGCAAGCAAUGAUGAAUCUGGAGGACCUUAUGGCUAUGGAGAAGAAGAGGGAAGAACAAGAGCGGCUACACAAGGAGGUCAUGCACAUCAACGCCGAGACGCUGAGGGCGCGGGAGUUGAGGAAAGAAGAAGAGAAGCUGGCAGACAUGAGAGAAAUGGAAUACAUAAAAAACAAACAGCAACGUGAGGCCGAGUACGAAGCGGAGCAAAAGAGGUUGAAGAGGGAGAAGGAGUUGGAGAUAGCCAGGCUGAGAGCUCAGCAGGAAAGAGCGAGAGACCACAAGGCUGAUCAGGAUGAACUCCGUGCCAAGAGGAACCAAGAGAUUGCAGACAGAGAAUGGAGAAGGAAGGAGAAGGAUUUGGCUGCCAAAAGGGCUCUGGAAGAGGCCACGCUUCGAGCUGCUCGUCUAGAGCAGGUUCAGCGUAAAGAGAAGCUACUGUCCAUGGAAGCCGGUCGAGAGAAAGCCGAAUUUGAGAGAGUUUUAAAGGUUCAACAAGAGGCCAGCGUCAGACAGAAAGAAGAAGACAAAAAGCAGCAUCAGAAAGCGCUGCGUCAUGCAGAGGCCAUAAAGCAGCAGGUGAAAAAGCUGGAGCAGUCUAUUGUUACCAAGCGCAGAGAGAACUUGAAAGAAGUGGAGAAACUGAACGAGGAGGCCCAGAAGCGACGCAAACGCAUCAGUGAACUCAAACAGAAGAAGUUGAAGGAGCUCAGGGCAACAGGGCUCAGUGAAAAAUACUGCAGUGAUGUGGAAAGGAAGGCCCGGCUGCUUUGA